UACCAAGCAACAGAGACCAGCGCAUACCGGCGAAUUGGUAAAAACGGUAGUAAAUUCUACCAGCGACUUUAACCACAUUCAGAAAACAAAUGCCAAAUAAGCCUUCGCCCAGACUCUGCGUUCCGUUGUCGUUGUAGUUAUAUUGUGAGAAGUUAUUUUCUGCAUGAAACAGGAUCAAAUCGAGCAGGUUGCUCUGUCAUGAAUAAAUUUAAAGAUCCCCCGUUAGCUGCGACAGAAAUGCACGCGAACAAUCACCAAAAUCACGACUCUCACUGUGGAACCGAUGUGGCCCGUGCACGCUGGGCUCUUCUGCGACAGGUUCUGAAACGGAAGCAGCUCGACAGUGCAGAUGUUCAGCAGGUGUCAGUGCGAAGAUUCUCCUCCUUUAACCUGUUCUCCAGGAGCAGGGUCACUCCCACAGAGACGGAUGAGCCAUCGGAAGGACAUUGGGUGGAGUACAGAAGUGCAAUCUUUCCUCAGUACAGUGCCUUACUCAGAGACAAUCUUGGUCCCAUUAGAGUGGAUGAAGUGCUCAGCAGCUUUGACAACACGGGAAAUGUCUGUGUCUGGCCUUCUGAAGAGGUGAUGGCCUACUAUUGCCUGAAGAAACGUCACAUGUUUACGGGCUCGGCGGUGUGUGAGCUGGGUGGAGGGAUGACGUGUCUUGCGGGGCUUAUGAUUGCAGUUUGUGCUGAUGUGAAGGAAGUGCUGCUAUCUGAUGGCAACGAGAAGGCAAUUCAAAAUGUGCGCAGUGUAAUCGAGAGGAACAGACGAGAAGGGCUCUUCCUGUCUACCAAUGUGUCCAGCAGGGUGGUGAGAUGGGACAAUGAGGCCGAUGUGUCCGCUCUGGAGGGUCGCUUUGACGUGGUGAUGUGCGCUGACUGUCUGUUUCUUGACCAGUACAGAAGCAGUCUGGUUGAUGCACUAAGAAGAUUACUGCGACCUGAUGGCACGGCUCUAGUAUUUGCCCCUACCAGAGGAGACACGCUGGCAGAAUUCUGCAGACUGGCAGAAAGCACAGGCCUAAGAGUGUGUCGCUAUGACAACUACGACUCACACUUGUGGGACCUUCACCUGAAGAUGCAGAGAGAAGGAAAGGAAGUGUACGAUGAGAACAUCCAUUAUCCUUUUCUCCUCACUCUCACUCACGGAUCCAGUCCAGCCCUGAUCUGAGCUGGGCAAAGCCAUCUCAUGCCAGGCUGCCUUUCUGUACCGCCCACCCCGGCUUUGCCACUGUGUCCUCAGCUCCUAAACAGCCUCUAAUCACACUCCUCAACUUGGAUAACUUUUUUUAACUACCGUGUGUGUGUGUGUGUGUGUGUGUGUGUGUGCAGUGAAAACAGACUAUGUAGGUGAGUUGCCAUGUGUGUGUACUUGACCUGUUUACUGUGCAACAAUAGUGUGAAAUGCAUUAAAUGGGAAUGGAGAACACAUCCCUCCCUCUCAUCCUACAAACACUGCGGAUGUGACGCUCAGAUAUGAACUCAUUCAAUGCCUGUGAGUAUGCGUGAUAUCAAAGAUGAUGUUUCAGGGCAGAAUGUUGUGAAUUUAUGACUCUAGAGGCUGAUACAGCUAAUCAGGUUCGCAGGACUAUCUUCGCCUCUUUACAAAGACGUAAAUGAGGCCGCAGGGUCGUCUUGAUCAUGAGAUCUUGUUAUCAUAAUAACACCAGCUCUCAGUUAGCUACUGAUUCUGUAUCUACAUUCAAAGGUUCAUUCUGACACCAAAGGUUAUGAGGGGUUGAGAUGGAUGCUGCUGCGCUGAAUGUUAUUUGCUUCACUGUGAAAUGCUCUCACCUGGCUUUUUUUUUUUUUUAUCGAAGAGCUGACAAGAUAUGACAGAUUAGGCCAGACUAAGACUGAAUUGAUGUCUUGACAGCGUCACACUACCACUGGUAAGACCUGCAGCACUGUUCUCCUGUAUGUUUAGAGCACACUCUCUGUGCAUGCUGGACUAAUGGCCUCAUAAAGGGAUGAAAAUGGUGUCAUCAUUUGUCAUGUCUUUUGAAACCCAUUUGAUUUUCUUUGAACCAUAGAAUGUAAAACGGGUUGUUUGUAGCAGAAUGUCCAAAUUGGUCAUUUCUAUACAAUAGAAGUGAAUGGUGAUCAUAACUAUCAUUUUCAGAGAAUAGCAACUUAAGUUUCAGUCUUUUUUGCACACAAACGCUUCAGAGGACUUGAAAUAAUGUGAAAGCUGGGUGGACUUGGACUUGGAAAGCUUGACAGCCUCUGGUCUUCAUCCGCUUUGAUUGUAUUGAAAAGAGCAGCUUGGACAUUCUGCAAAACAUUUCUUUUUAUGUUCCAUGAAGGAAAGAAAAUGUGUUUGGAAAUGACAUGAGAGUGAGUAAAUGAUGAUUUUCAAGUUUAAAUUUAAUUAAUAGAUACAGUUCAUAGGAGUUCUGUUUAGAUGCCCCUUUCCACCGUGGAAUAAAAAAGUUAAUAAAUAAAUAAUGUAAUUGCGAUUUGUGGCAAGUUUAUAUCUCGCAAUUCUGACUUUUUUCCUCUUAGCUAUACAUUUACAUCCUGCAGGUUUUUUCACUGCAGAAUAAAAAAGAAAAAAGGUAACUAUGACUUUUUUUCUCAUGAUUCUGACUCAAUUCAAGUUUAUAUCUCGCAAUUUAAACUUUUCUUCUAAGAAUUGUGAGAUCCAAACUUAGAAUUGCAAUAUUAUAAACUUAAAGUCAAUAUAAAGUAUGAAUUAUGAUAUAAAAAGUCACAAUUACCUUUUAUUUUAAUAUUAUGGUGGAAACAAGCUUCAAUAGUUCUGUUUUUGUAAAUUAAGGGGCAUACAGAUGUUGGUUUUUGGUGUACAUUCAGAAGAAAAUAAUUUUACACCCAAAUAUUAAACUCUUAAACUAUUUUAUGCAUUUUAACAAAUAAAUCUUUGGUUGAUUUAAUUUUUUCCCCUAAACUAUAGCCCUUUUGUCCCCACUGUUGUUUUCUCCUGAUGGUGAGCUGCUGACGCCUCAUUCAGAGCUCUUUGGUUUGUUGCGAAUUGUUCAGGGCUGUGUGCUUCUGCACUGUGAUUACAUUUGUACAAAACACAGAUGAGUCCAAAGUGAUUGUUUCUCACUGACACUGCAGGUGCUUGUAACGACUGUGAUUAAAUCAUUGUUUUGAA